AUGAAUAAAAUAAGUGAUACAAUAAUUAUUACCUCUACAUCAAAUGAAGAUGAAGUAGAUAAUAAUAACAAUAAUAAUAAUUUAAAAGAAAUUGAUCGCUCACCUAGAGUGAAUAAUAAUAAUAAUAAUAUUUUGACCAAUGUAAAUAAUAAUAAAAACAAUACUAUUACUAGUAGUGGCGGUAGUGAUAGUAGCAGUAGUAGUAGUAAUAAUAAUAAUAAUAAAAUAAAAAAAAGUAAAAAACAUAAAGAAAAAGAACACAUGGAUUCAAUCGUUAAAUUAUAUUCUGGUAAAUUUGAUUCUUGGAUGGUGAUUUGCCAUCUUUUUAAAUAUAGGGAUAACCCAGGUAUAGUUGAUUUUUUAUGUAAUAAAAUGUAUAAUUUAGAAGAUAAAGAUAUUGAUUUCUAUAUAACCCAACUUUGUAUAUUAUUAAUUAAUCAACCACAUGAUCAAAAAGCAUCAUUUUCAUCAUUAGCAAGAUUUAUCUUGGAUAGAUGUGCAAGUUCAUUUAGGUUUGCAAUAAAAGCAUAUUGGAUUUUUCAAGCAUUUGAAGAGGAUGGAGAGAAAAAUUUAUUCAGUAUUGAAGGUAGUGUAUAUUUGCAUUCACCUUCAACAUCACCAAAAGAUGUACCAAUGUAUAGUAAUGAUCAAAUAGUUCCUAUAGAUUUAGAUAAAAUAUAUAAUCAAAGCCAAUAUGAUGAUGAUGAUUUCGAUCUGUCUGAUGAUGAUGGUGGUUUUGAAAUAAUAAAAAAAAAUGACCAUCAUUAUGAAAAUGAUCAUCAUAUUGAAAAUGAUCCUAAGAAAGAUAUAAAUAGCAAUAACAAUAAUAAUAAUAAUAUUAAUAAUAAUAAUAGUAAUAAUGAUGAUAAUAAUAAUAAUGAAAUUUUGCCAAAUGAAAAUAGCGAUAAUAGUAUAAAUGAUGAAAACAACCAAUAUGGAAAUAGUAAUAAUAAUAAUAAUAUUAGUGGUGAAAAUGAUAAUAUAAAAAUCGAUAUAAAUAGUCAGAAUAAGAGUGAUAGUAAUAUAGAAACAUUAAAUUCAACAUUAUGCGAAGAAACAAAGACAUCACCAAUAAAGGAUGAUAUGGAAAAUAAUAAUAAUAAUAACAAUAAUAAUAAUAAUAAUAAUAAUAAUAAUAAUAAUAAUAAUAAUAUUAAUAAUAAUAAUAUUAAUAAUAAUAAUAUUAAUAAUAAUAAUAAUAUUAAUUAUGGACAUAUUAAUGGAUCAUUAUCAACAUUGGAUGGAAUUGGUCAACCAUAUAUAUCACAACCAAAUGAUCCAAUUGAAAAUAUUACACAAAUUUUAAAAAGAAAUAGAAUUAUUUAUAAAAAAGUUGAAGAGAAAAAAGAAUUGGCAACUAGAUUAAGAGAAUUUUGUGAAAUGUCUGUAAUUACUUGUUCUAGACCUUUAAUUACAAGACCAAGAACAUCUUCAUUACCUUCACCAUUAAUAAGUUAUAAUAGUGGUAAAAUAGGUGGUAAUUACCAUAAAAUUUUAUCACCAUCCUCAGUUGAUUCAACUUCACUAAUUAGUGAGGAUGAUAAAAUCAUUGAGAAAGAAGAAGAAGAUAAUGUUGUUGAAGAUGAUGAUGAUGAUGAGGUUAACAGUGAAGAUUUUAUACCAACUGCCACAACAACAGCAACAACAACAACAACAACAAUACCAAAUCACCUUUCAAAAACUACAUCUGGUGUUGGUAUCAAUAGUAAUUCAAGUACACCAAUCAAUAUAAAUAGUGCAGGAGCAGGUGCAGGUGGUGGUGGUGAAAUUAAUCAUAUCGGUUAUGAUGAUAUCUCUUAUUUGGAUAAAUGCAAAACUCCACCUGCUGAAUCAAAAUUAUCUGAUCAUGAUUUCGAAUUUGAGCUUUCAAAAAGUCAUAGAUGUGAUUAUUUAAAUGAUAUCCUUUCUUUUAUUCAAAAAUUAGCUCACAUUUCUAAAAUUUUAUUACCAAUUCCGAUCGAUUUAAGACAGGCAAAAUUAAAACAUGAAAUUAGUUUAUUAAAUAUUAAUUUACCAUUAGGAUUAUAUGUCCCAUUAUGGCAAAGUUCAAAUCAUCAUUGUGUUGUUAGAAUUCCACCAGAAGAAGUAAAGAUAUUGAAUUCAAGGGAAAGAGUACCAUUUUUAUUAGUAUUGGAAGUGAUUGAAAGUGAACAUGAAGCAUUAUCAAGUAAUAUAUUUGAAGUUGUUUCAUCUUAUCUUCAAUAUACAACAGGUAAUAGUGCUUUAAAGAAAGAUGAUAUCAAACGUAAAUAUUACUCUGAGAAAUUUAAGAAAAGCUUUUUAAAUUCUUCAAUAAAUUCUACAAUUAGUAAUUCUAGUGAUAGUUGUACAACUGAAACAACAACAACAAGUCCUGUAGCAACAUCACCAACAUUACCAAUAAAUAUUCCACAUUCAAAAUUAAUUAAUGAUGGAUCAAAUUCAAUAAGUAAAUCAUUACCAGUUACACCAACUCAAUCAACAGUUUUAAAUAAUUUAAUUUCAACUUCAACAGCAAUAUCACCACCAUCACAACAACAACAAUUGCCAUCACCAUCCAAUACUACUACUACUACAACAACAACAACAACAAAUACUAAUAAUACAACAACAACAACAACAACAACAACAACAACAUUAUCAACAUCACCAACAAAUGAAAAAAUUUUAAAUGAAAAUAAACAAAAUUCAUCACCAUUUGGUGAAUCAUGGCAAGAAAAGAUUGAACGUUAUAAAAAGAUAUCACCAUUUGGUGAUUAUCCAAAUUGGAGAUUAUAUUCAGUGAUUGUUAAAACUGGUGAUGAUUGUAGACAAGAACAAAUGGCAGUACAAUUAAUUAGUAAAUUUGACGAGAUUUGGAAAGAAACAAGGCUACCUUUAUAUCUAAGACCUUACUCGAUAUUGGUAACAAGUAGUGGUGGUGGUAUCAUUGAAACUAUUCCCGAUACAAUGAGUUUACACAAUUUAAAGAAAUCAACACCAGGUUUUACGACCCUAUUAAAUUAUUUCAAAUCAACCUAUGGCGAUCCAAGUGGAUUAAGAUUCCGUACAGCUCAAUCCAACUUUAUUGAAUCAAUGGCAGCUUACUCAAUAGUUACCUAUAUCUUACAAAUUAAAGAUCGUCAUAAUGGUAAUAUUUUAAUUGAUAAGGAAGGUCAUAUUGUUCAUAUCGAUUUUGGUUUCAUCCUAUCCAAUAGUCCUGGUAAUAUUUCCUUUGAAUCUGCUCCUUUCAAAUUAACUCAAGAAUUGGUCGAUGUUAUGGGUGGUAUUCAAUCUGGUCAAUUCCAAUACUUUAAGGUUUUAUGUGUCCGUGGUUUAAUUGAGGCUAGAAAACAAGUGGAUAAAAUCAUAUCUCUCAUUGAAAUUAUGAUGUCUGGUCCAAAAAUGUCUUGUUUUGUUGGUGGUAAAGAAGUAAUCGAACAAUUGAAAGCACGUUUCUUUUUAGAUGUAAAUGAACGUGAAUGUUCAACUUUAGUAGAGAAUUUAAUUUCUUAUUCAAUUGAUCACUUUAAAACUCGUUACUAUGAUAAAUAUCAGUCAUGGUUAAAUGGUAUAUAUCAAUAA